AUGCUGAAGGAACGUUUUGGGGAUUGGAAAACGUCUUUCUGGUACAUUCCGCGGGUGUUGGAACACUUCAAAGAGAUUGACGCUGAUUCAACGCUCGACCUGGUGACAAAGGAUCACGCUUUCUUCCGGGCUUUAGUCGCCCCAUCCGUGUCAAGAACUGCUCUAAGCUGGCACUUGGAGCAGAAUGUGCUCAAGUUUGGCCCCAACGCCUCCGAACUCUUCAAGAAGCUCGCCAACUGCCGCACCAAGCGGAAGUUUGGCAAACUCGUGAGGAGAUGCCAGGCCGAAUGUGCAGCAAUGGCUAACUAUCUCUUUGGGGUCGAGGAGGCCAGUGCGCAGCAGAGCCGAGGCGGACGCGGGGCCAACCAGCGUGCACGGGAACCAGAGACGGGGGAUGGGUUAACAAGUCGCACGGGUGCUGCAAGAAGAGCGAGAAUGGAAAGGAUGGAAGUGCGGCGGCAAAAGAGGAGUGGUCGCAGAGGAGAGCAGCAGGCACCAUCACAGCAGGAACCUUCUCAGCAGGCAACAUCUCAGCAACGACCAUCACAGCAACCGGUGACACAACCACCAGCAUCUUUGCAGGGACGAGACAUGCAUCCUCAAUCGGCGGCUGUAGACAACAUGCAACCACUUGAUCGUGAGACAGCAACCACAUCCGCGCACCCUUCUUUGGCAGGCGAGAAUGAGAGACACAAUGCUGCAACCACGUCCGACAGUGAGGCGGAGGCAGAUACCACAGAUGAAGUAUUCAAGGAGCACUUUGACGUGGAGGAUGGGAGUCAAAUCAGCUGUGGGGAGGACUCGGAGUGUGAUGAGGCAGGGGACGGUGGAACUGGUGAACAGGCAGGUGUGGAAGACAAGGAUAGGGUCAAUGCUGGCACACACGACAGCAUGGGAGGGGCACAUGGAGAGGGUCCUGUGGCCGCGGGUGCGAGGAGUAACAGUGCGAAAGUGGGGGUGCGUGCUGAGGGUGCUGGAGGCUUGCUGGGUGCUGGCGAGGCCGUGGGUGCUGGCGAGGCCGUGGGUGCUGGCGAGGCCGUGGGUGCUGGCGAGGCCGUGGGUGCUGGCGAUGCCGUGGGUGCUGGCGAGGCCGUGGGGACUGGGCAUGGGUUGACAGCCUCGAACGCCGAUGUAGAUUUGGUGUCAGCAUACAGCGCAGGGACAGAGACGACGAGUCGCAAUAACGCGCGUGGUAGAGCUCCUAGCUCAGUACACCGACAUCCUGGAAGCCGCAACAGCCUAUGCCGCAGCCGCUCACAUCUGCCGACCGUCCCUCUCCGGCUCAAAGAUGGUGGAGUUGAACGAGGAGGACAGGAGGUGCUUGGAGGGGUUGAUGUCGAAAGGGGUUAA